UUCCCCACCACCACCACCACCACCACCACCACCAUAUAUAUAUAUAUCCUGAUUUCUUCAUCAAACAGACCAUAACAUAAGUUCUUGAUUUGAAACAUCAUAAGUAUGGCUUCCUUUAAUUGCUUUCCCUUAGCUUUCUUCAUGGCUUUAUCAUUUUCAAGCAUCAAUUUUGGCCUAGCAGCUGGUCGUCUUCAGCAACGCCCACCUCUGUCUCCACUACCAAAUGUGCCUGCAGCAAUAGGACUGCCGCCUUUGCCGUUCAUCCCAACUCUUCCACAGCCUUCAUUACCAUCUGCGCUCCCACCACUUCCAACAAUGCUACAACCUACCUUGCCUACUGCUCCCAAAGUCACACUACCACCAUUGCCUAGCAUUCGCACAAUGCCUCAGCCUACAUUGCCUACUGCUCAAAAGUCACUCUGCCACCACUGCCUAUAGCAUCCCAUCAUCAAUUGCCACAAUCCCCUCCAUCCCCGUCCUCUCUCCACCUCCUGCAAAAUUAAGACCAGCCCCUAGGAUUGUACUUGGACUAUGUAGUUUCUUAGGGCUGACCUCUCUAAGACCGCAAGAAGUAUAUAUGCUAGAGCCUUCCCAUCUUCUCUCUCUCUCUCUCUCUCUCUCUCUCUCUCUCUCUCUCUCUCUCUCUUUUGUGGUACAUAUAUAUUGUUUUUAUGUUAGAGCCAUGCUAUGUAUUCCUUUUCCAUCAUUCUUUCUUGUGGGAGGAUUUAUUUUUAUUGGCUUGUAUUUCUUAUUAUAUGAUGAAUUUCAUUUCUUCCUUAUUAUAUCAUAAUAAUGAGUUAAGAUUCAU